ACACUCUUAGGCCCAAGAGUUGUCGGCAAUAAAAAUUCCCUUGAGAUAUAUGUUAUGGUGUAUAUAUACACUCCCCGACCUCCAUUCAUUCAUCACUUCAUUCAUAAUUGAUCUCCGCUUUCUCUCACCGGCAAGAAAAUGGAACAAGAAAACAAAAUGGAGGAGGAGCCUUUGCUCACAGGGAAGAGCGAGGAGAAAGGGAGACUCGAGAGGCUGAGUUCGUAUCAGUACCUGGGGAGGUCAGGUUCCGUAAUUCCGGCGACUUCUCUGGCCGGAACCGAAGUCAGCGUCGACGAGAUUCGAUCUGCUGCUGCUACUGCUACUUCUUCCGAUCGAUACUACCCUCCUUCUCUUCACGCCCCCUUGAUCAGCUCCCCUGAACCUGAUCCUAAUGAGAAAAAUAUCGUUUAUGAGGGUGGAUACGGUGGAACUAAUGAAUUUCAGAGGCAAAUACUGGAUGAGGUUGAAAUACGAGAAUUGCUUAUUGAUCAUGUUGGCCAUCGUUGCUGUUGGGGAAGUCGUCCAGCUCGAACCUGGAAAAUUCAGGCAGUGGAAGACUGCAAUGUCUAUGUUGGAACUUUAGAGACUUUUAUUGAGGAGAGGGAAAUAGUUACGGAAAUAGAGCCAUUCCUUGGUGGCAACGUUGACGGAAAGGAUAAGGGUCCAGAACUUGCAAUCUGGGAAUUGGAUUUAAGGUCUGAAUUCCCUGUUUUAUUUACACCUCACAAAGACUCGCGAUCCAAGAUUCCUCAUUCUGAAGCUAUUGAGAAAUGCUCAGGUUGUACAGGACGAGGGAAUAUUGUAUGUUCCACUUGCAAUGCAGAUCAAGAACCUGGAUUUUACAAGGAAAAUCAGAUGUUGCAGUGUCCUGCCUGUUAUGGGAGGGGUCUGCUUGCUCAUAAGGAUGGAUCUGAUUCAAUAUGUGUGAAGUGUGAUGGCAAGGGAAAGAUCCCAUGUGCAACCUGUGGAUCUCGUGGUUUGAUUAAAUGUCAGACAUGUAAAGGCAGUGGUUCUCUCUUGAAACGCAAUAUCGCCAUAGUUAAAUGGAAGACUAUCGCUACUCGAAAAGUAAGUGCAACUAGUGGAGCUGCCUCAGUUCCAGACGAUGUGUUCCACAGAGCCAAAGGGGUCCAGUUAUGCAACACUCAAGCCUAUCAGUGUACUCCCGCCUUUUUUGCAGAUUCAUUCUUCCUAAACAAGUUCUCCUCCGAAGUACUUGCCGAAAGGUCCCCAGUGCCACCUACUGCCCGCGUGAUAUGCGAGAGGCAUACAAUCUCUGUUGUCCCGGUGACUCGUGUCACUAUGGUUGAUCGUAAACGGCCUUUCAGUUUCUAUAUCAUUGGUUUUAGCAGAGAGGUAUACUUGAAGGAGUACUACCCAGCUAGGUUUUGCUGGGGACUCUGCCCUUGUUUGGAUUGGUUGAAAAUAUAAUUGAUCGGCUUUUCCAUCUCCAAGUCGAGGAGUAUUAGAGAGUUACGCAAUGGCACCGAAUUAGCUCUGGUGAUUUAUCGGCAGCCACAGUUUUCUUUCUUAUGAAGUCCUCCAGUAUAAUUCGUUUCAGGCUUCUGCUUGUUUUUGUACCGUUUGGUGGAAAAAUUGGUUCCUGUUUUACAUUUUCCUCAGCUUUGGUGGAAUAAAAUAAUCUUGCUUGCUUGUUUUAA